AAGACGACUUGGUAAAAGGGGCAAGCAGUCUUCCUUUCUCUUCCUCUUCCGUUUUUGCCAAAUCAUUAUCAUCCUCUUCCUCCUCCAAGACCAAAGGAGGAGGAGGAAAACAAGUCAAAGAAGGAAAGAAUUCGGGAACGGGUGGAGGUGCAGGGGUGUCAUCUGCUGCAGGAGAGAGAGCUUGCGUACAAAAAAAUUCUACUUCUACAACGGGUGGAGCAGGGACAUCUGGCAACAAUGCAGCAUCCUCCUCCUGCACCUCUUCCUCUGCCUCCAAAGUUCGAUUUGUGGGCCAACCCAGCUCGGAGCAUGUAAUGACGGUGCUGGAGCUCCCCGAGGAUCCUGACUACUCCUUGAAGAAAUCUAUUGAUGCCUCAGUGAACGAGGUUGUUAACGUCGCUAAGCUGCUGCUAACGGCCACGGAUGAGGGGAGAUCUAUUGGUGCCUCCAUGAACGGGGUUGUUAACGUCGCUGAGCUGCUGCUAACGGCCACGGAUGAGGUACGGAAGCUGAUCCUUAACGAGUGCGACAUGGUUCUGCAGUGCAAAGUAUGCAAAAAUUUGUUCAGCUCGGUCGAUAAUUUCUUGACGCACAAACGAAUUUACUGCCAGGAAGAGUUUGCUGAUCGGACACUUCUUCACCGCGCAACACCCGCUUCGCAACACCCGAGACUCUUUCUGUACACCAGCGUUCCCAUCACGGCCCCAUGAGUUGGAUAUCCACCUGUCCCAUCCGCCAGGCCUCCUUUGUCACCACGUUGGCCGUGACUGAGCAGCUGGAGAAAUGUUCGUAUUUUUGCUUCUACUGCCGCUGAUGCUGCUGGGGUGGGCGUGCGGGUGCUGGUGGUGGUGUAGCGAGCGAGUGCUGUUGGUGUUUGAAGGGUUGUGUAGAGAGAGAGGGUUGUAGUGAAGUUACAGUACUUUUUGUCAGGAUCUAAGAGUUAAGAUUUUUCUACAACUGUUAUUGCUAUUAUUUUUUCUACAACUGUUAUUGCUAUUAUUGUGUUUAACGCGUUAGUGGAAGUUACUUGGGGUUUCAACUUACGCGGUGAAGUGUCCGAUCAGCAAACUCUUCCUGGCAGUAAAUUCGUUUGUGCGUCAAGAAAUUAUCGACCGAGCUGAACAAAUUUUUGCACACCUUGCACUGCAGGACCAUGUCGCACUCGUUAAAGAUCAGCUUCCGUACCUGUGGGGGCGUAGAGGUCAGGUCAGGUGAGGUGGUGAUUUAAUUUGUAUAUUAUUCUUUUCUUAAUAUGUCUCUCCUCAUCCGUGGCCGUUAGCAGCAGCUUAG